GUCGAGUCAUAAAACUAGUGAAUGCGAGUUAUGUGUAUGAUUGAUUUAAUGCAAUUUACCGACAGUAUUGACCAAACAACGAUUUGGCUGCAAUGUCUCUGUUUUACUUGUUCAUUUUAUUGGCAGCAGGUUUAGCUCAUGCUAGACAUGAUUAUGUUAAAGACGGGCGUAAUGUGGACGGUCCAUUCCCUUCUAACCUAAGAAAUAUACCAUACUUCUGCUAUCAAGCGCCUUCGAAAGGACCUUGUGGUCUUAUGUUGAAUUCUUGGUUCUUCGAUAUUGUCACUAGAAAAUGUAUGCCGAUGUACUACUCGGGAUGUGGGGGCAACGAAAACAGAUUCGAGUCUAAAGCCGAGUGUCGAGCGUAUUGUGAAGGCACUAAACCAUUGUAGCAUUUAAAUAGACAUAAGUACUUACAAUCGGAAACUUGCUGCUAUACGGCGUUUAUUUUCCCACUAAACUCUUACACUACUAAAAACUUGUUUAGUAAAAAAACGUUUUUUUCUUAAUACGAGUAAAUUUAAUUAAUGGA